AUGUCAUUGCGUCUGCAUCAUACAUUUCGGCUCCUCCGAUCAUACUCCCAAAAAUACGACCCUAUGACACUAGCAGAGGCGUUAGGUCUUCUACUGCCCUCGAAAUCGGCGGAGUAUAAACCUUCUCUUUUUAAAAACUUGCUGCGAGGUCUGGUCACUGAGCAUUACAACGAUAUCAAGAGUGAUCUUCUACCACAAUAUAGUAUUCCCAAAACCGAUCAUCGAAAGAAGUUGGGCGGACUAAUGGAAGAUUUACAAGCUGCAGUAGGGACACCUGCCACGAAGGUGACCACGAAGAACCUAAAAUACAAUUUGAAGUCGAUAUCAGAUGAGGACGAAUUGUUGGAUUUGCUACGAUUGUCAUACUACAAAAACGAAUUAUCACCACAACUACUCACGCAACUACUACUCAACAAGCAUCUCCGGGACUUGUCGAGGCUUCCUUUUGAUGUAGAAAAUUUAGAUCGGGAAGCGUUCCGCAAAAACGGCUGGGUUUCGCAGAACUUUGUUCAGUUCCAGAUCUUGCUACUUAAGAAGUAUUACGAUCUUAAGAAACCGCUACUGAUUAUCAAAAUGUUAAACGAACACUUUUCUAGUGCAUUUUUGCCACUCAUAAGAAACGGACAGCUUCUGCCGUUUUAUGAAAGAAUCGUUUGGAAGUUCUGCUUCGAAUACUUGGAUGCCUAUGAGGAGCAACAGAUUAUUGAGGAGCUUAACUGUUUGCGCAGUUCCGUGCUCAUAUGGGAAGCCUCGCUUGACAAAAACCGUCUUGUUUCUGAGAAGAUUCUUGAGUUUCACCGCUUGCCACCCUUGCCCAAGUUGUUCUUCGAGCUUGCGGCCUGUGACCCACUCCAGCAGUUGAUAUCUGAUGAGAUUGCCAGCGGCCGCUCCCCCACAUUAUCUGAACUCAAGAAGCUCUCAUCCAAGAGUAAACUUUACCAGUUCAACAACAUGAACACAGUCAUAGAGAGGGCCUUGGCCUAUUCAUUGAUUCAUAGCUUAGACAAGUUCCUAGCUGUCAAAGCGGCAGGCGAGAAUGCGCCAGAAGUAUACAAGAGUCUUAUGACAAGACUUGCGCACGAGCGGACUAAUAUGAUUGAACAAAGUGAAACCCUUGAAUUCGUUCAUGACGACAAAGUAUUGGCCAAUUGA